AUGGAAGGCGGUAGCGGUCGGCACUGUACCACAAAAGCCGACCGAAAAUCUGCGUUUGCUUUCACUAUGUCCGAAAGGCCGCGUCGACGUGUAUUACUGCAUGAUUAUACGGUCGCGUGGAUAUGUGCAUUGCCGAUAGAGUUGGCGGCUGCGAAAUGUUUGCUCGAUCACCUUCACAAUUCGCUUCCUAAACCUGAGACUGACCACAAUAUCUACACGCUUGGGAGUCUGAGUGGACAUAAUAUAGUGGUCGUCUGCUUACCGUCCGGUGUUUAUGGGACAACUUCUGCUACAUCCGUGGUGACUCAACUGAAGCAAACCUUCCCUUCCGUAAAGUUCGGGUUGAUGGUCGGAGUGGGAGGGGGAGUACCUACCAAGAAUGUUGAUAUUCGUCUAGGAGAUGUGGUCGUUAGCACACCUAUGGGAACAUCUGGUGGCGUGGUCCAGUACGACUAUGGGAAAGCGUCUCAGCAGGGCCGCUUCCAGCGCACGGGAUCACUCAAUAAGCCACAUGUGUCUCUGCUGGCCGCUCUCUCCCAGAUACGUUGCGACUAUAUGCUGCAGAAGUUGCCGCUUGGCAAGAUAAUCCCUGAGAUAUACUGCAUCAUCGAUGCAUUGGACGAAUGCGACCGCAAGUCACAGCAAACCUUGUCUCAUCAAAUUUCCCAGUCGUUCAGCAAAGCAGGCACGACCCGCUUAGACACACCCAGGUUGCACUUUUUAAUUAUCAGCCGUCCGAAUCACGAGCUCAAGAGUUACCUAUCGUCCUUCACCUAUGUUGAUCUAGGCUCAUUUGAAGAGGUAAAGAAGGAUCUUCAAUCUAUGAUCAAGGAUACAGUGAAGGACCUCGCGAGAAGGAACGACUACACUGAUCCCGUUGCCCAGAAAGUACGCCAAAUUCUUGAAGAGAAGGCCGAGGGUACCUUCCUCUGGGUCGGGAUAGCUCAUAAUGAAUUGAUAUCGGUGCAGUCGAGGAAAGUAGUCCAGAAGCUACAGGAUCUUCCAGGAGGGUUAUACAAAUUGUAUCGGAAGCUGCUGCUCGAUGCAGCAACAUGCGGCCCAGACGAUUACCCGCUGAUUAAAAAGAUUUUGGAGACUGUUGCAUUCGCAUUGCGACCACUCACAAUAGGGGAAGUAGCUGAAGCAUGUCGCCUACAUCUUGACACAGAUUCCAGUAGUCGCCUCCAAUUCACGCGAGAGAUCAUCGACUUGUGCCAUUUGUUGGUUGUUGUUGACAAUGACCAUGUGCGAAUGUUGCACAGAUCGGUGCAAGAAUUCUUAAUGAUGGAGAUGCAAGAGAUCAAUUCUUCUGCAGCAAACUAUACACUGACGUAUCGCUGCAUCGAAGUCAUUCUUCAACAUUGCCGGCCAAAAAUAAAUACAUCAACUUUGAAGCCUAGCCAUGGAUUCCUUGGUUAUUCAGUGCUGCACUGGCCAGAGCAUGCAAGGUUAGCUCAAACAGACUUCAACAUUCCGAAGGAGCACGAGGCAUUUUUUCAAGGCCGAUUAGCGACGUGGAAAUGGUGGCUCGAGAGUUACAACCACCUGGAACAAUUCUCAGGGGCUGAUUUGGACACGGGCAUCUCUGCCAUUCAUGUUGCCGCUCGUUGGGGAAUUAUUCCGUUAAUCUCGUCCUUCCCUCAGCAUGGACUGGAAGUCAAAGAUGCACAGGGACAAACACCUUUGCUCAUUGCUGCCCAAUACUCCCAGUUUGAAGCCAUAAAACUUCUAGUUGAGUCUGGAGCAUGCGUGAGAGCGGUAAAUAACGACCACCAAAACGUCCUCCAUACUAUUUGCAAGAAUGGUCAUGGAAGUGGCUGCAAAAUUGUCAAUUUCCUGCUUGACGCUGGAGUCCCUCCAUAUGACUGUGAUAAGUACAACAUGACACCAUUCCUUUACGCAGUUGGAAACCUCGAUGAAGAACUUGCACAAGUCUUUCUUCAGAGGAGUCUCGAUCUGACAGUCAAAAUUCGAAGACUAUCAUGGCCUGGACGCACAACUGUGAGCAUGUUCACACACAGGAGGUUCAAGGACGAGAGAGAAAGUGCUGGCGUGAAUCUAGAAUCCGGCCUCACAGCGCUACAUUUCUCUUCCUUGAACGCAUGCACAAAGAUGACCGCCUUUUUACUCCAACACGGGGCCGAUCCAAAUGCUCAAUCUGAUAUUGGCGAUACUCCACUCCAUCUUGCGAUCAGGAGCCGCAUCCUGGGCCGUGAAUACGACGACGUAUGGAAGAGCGGUGAUUACACCAUCGAGGCCUUAAGAGACUUGAUCACGGACUACGAAAAUGAGGAAGCUUCUGAUAUCUAUCGAGCCAUCGAUCAAGCUAGAACACACAUUGUUGACACGCUCCUCGCGAGCGAAACCAUUGACGUCAACAUCGCUAAUGCUAAUGGGGAUUGCCCUCAGCACUUGAUAGACUUUAGCAAGCAUUAUUCGCUGUCGAUUCUAUGCAACCUCAUAGAGAAAGGAGCAGUUAGCUCACGAUUGAACGGGUGUCAUCAGACAUGUCUCCACCUUGCCAGCAAGCAAGGGAACGUGGAGGUGGUCCAAAAACUUGUGGAUGAAGGCCACGAUAUCUUGUUGGAAGACCGCGACGGAUUGAGCCCGUUCCACUACGCAUUGCGCGAUAGUCGCUUAAAUGUCCUGCAUUGUCUGACAACAGCAUGUGACGGCGCGCUUUCGAAGCUCUGGUACUCGAUAGAUCAUCACGGCAGAAAUCCAUUACACCACCAUGUCUCGUCCAUCUUCUCCAACUUCAACAUGGUUGACUUCCUGAUACGGAUUGGCUGCGACGUCAAUCAGUAUGAUGCGAAGGGAAACUCAUCCCUUGGCCUGUACGUGGGAUCAUUUCACCUAAGAGUUCAGAGAGACAUAUUCUUUCUACUGAUGAAUAACGGUGCUGAUCUACGGUGGGUUAAUGGACGUGGAGAAAAUUUGGCCCACCUCCUCAUGCACCAUAAGGGAGCAGACACUGAGAUUCUCGAGCAUCUAUUUAAUGAUGGCCCGGAUCCAGCAGCUCAAGAUUAUAACGGGAGGACCUUCAUGCACCACGGGGCCAUUCAUGGUGCGUUUACCAAGGAGCUUGUAGAGUUCCUUCAACGGAAAGACUUCUUGGAUAUGCAUUCCAAAGAUUCACUUGGCGAGACACCCCUUAACUAUGCGAAAGAAAAGGCGCGUAGAGAAGACUUGGAAGACGUCCUCUUUGAUACAAAGUGGGACGAUUCCUUCGACGCUCUGUACAGGGGCUUUACAUCUGCCCCAAGGGCGCCAUGCUCAAGCAAGGGCAGCAUUGGAUGA